GGAAAGGUUAUUGUCGAGCCGAGAGGACGAAAUGCUUCGUUAGAAAGGAUGGAUUUUAUUUUAAGGUCUGCCCGGAGAGGCCAUUGGAGGAAGAGCGCCACGUGACAGAGGGGUGCCAAUGUUAUUCUCCGAGGGUGUCAAGACCCUGUCAGUUUGCGAAAUAAAUAUUGGGAAACAACGAAAUGCAAAAAGCGACCUACUACGACAGCUCUGCAAUCUAUGGUGCCUACCCCUACCAAGGAGCAAAUGGUUUCACUUAUAAUGCGAGUCAGCAGCAAUAUCCUCCAUCUUCAUCACUUGUGGAAACUGAGUACCACCGCCCCGCGUGCUCCCUCCAGUCCCCCGGCAGCUCCGUGUCCCACCACAAGACCAAUGACAUCAGUGAGAGUUGCAUGAGGACCCUUCCCAGCCAGCCUCUCCAACCCCCUGGCCUCGCAGACCCACAGGCCCCACCGCAGCCAGCUCCAGCCCAGCAGGCACAGCCUCCACCACCUCCAUCCUCCACCUCACCAUCCCAAAAUGCCAGCAGCAACCCUGCCCCAGCCAACCCCACGAAGAACGCAGCUCUUAACUCGCCCACCAUGUCCAAACAGAUAUUCCCAUGGAUGAAAGAGUCUCGGCAAAACACAAAGCAGAAAAACAGCAGUUCCAGUUCAGGUGAGAGUUGUGCUGGUGAUAAAAGCCCUCCAGGGCAAGCCUCCUCUAAGCGAGCCCGUACAGCUUACACAAGUGCCCAGCUGGUAGAACUGGAAAAGGAGUUCCACUUCAAUAGGUACCUUUGCAGGCCACGAAGGGUAGAGAUGGCUAAUUUGCUCAAUCUCACGGAAAGACAGAUCAAAAUCUGGUUUCAGAAUCGCAGAAUGAAAUACAAAAAGGAUCAAAAGGGCAAGGGCAUGGUGACCUCUUCAGGAGGACAGUCCCCAAACAGAAGCCCUGUCCCUCCAGCUGCUGGAGGAUAUCUAAACUCUAUGCAUUCUUUAGUAAACAGUGUCCCUUAUGAGCCCCAGUCGCCUCCACCAUUUAACAAGCCUCAUCAAAACACCUAUGGCAUCCCUGCAUCGUAUACCGCUCCUCUUAAUAAUUGCCCACCUCCUCAAAAGAGAUACACAGGGACAGCAGCUGUGACACCUGAAUAUGAUACUCAUCCUCUUCAAGGCAACGGUUAUGGGAAUCCACAUAUACAGGGAAGCCCCGUCUAUGUAGGGGGCAACUACGUGGAGACCAUGACCAGUUCUGGGCCUUCCAUCUUUGGUCUAACUCAUCUCCCUCAUCCUCCUCCCUCUGCCAACAUGGACUACAGCGGGGCUGGGCCAAUGGCCAACAAUCACCACCAUGGACCUUGUGAUCCACACCCAACAUACACAGACCUUACUGCUCACCAUCCUUCUCAGGGAAGAAUUCAGGAAGCACCCAAACUCACCCAUCUGUAAGAGACAGGAGUCACUAAGUGGAACACCAAGCCCCCAGCUUUUGGAGAGUACUAACCCCUUCCCUUCUCUCUCCUCCCCCUGCCAUGUGCCCUCCCCUCUCCUUCUCAUUUCUUUUGUUCGUUUUGGUUGGUUUUGUUUCCUUUGGUAAAAGCGUUUUCUAGUUUAUGUGACGUAGCAAUAUUUGUUGCUUGAAUUGCUCUAUAGUUUCACUAGUGGAUAUUUAUCUUCUUGAACUGUAGCCUUGUGUCUCACUUUGGGAGUAUGCAGAGGCUUUAUACUUUACCUUCUACACUUUUAUCAAAACAGGGUAUAUGAACAAAUUUUCUAUAAAAGGAAUUCUUAAUGUGAAUUUGUUCGUACAUGAUUGAUCCCACGGGGAAGCAAUUUUUUUUAUUGCACUUCUUUUAAAUAGCAAGAAAGACAUCAAAAACGCUUGGACAGGGACUCCCUGGACAAUUAUUAAUACGUGUAAGUCUUUCAAUGUGUGUAUGCUGGUGAACAUUCAGAUUUAU